UGUUAAUUUAAAAAACUUACAUUUUUUAAUCUUUGUUUAUUAUUAAUUAAAUAGAGAUAAAAAUAGUUAUUAUAUAAUGACUAAAAUUAGAUUAAAUGUAUGAAUUAAUAUGUUAAACAAUAUUUCCAUUUCAUAUAUAGUAAAACUUGACGUCAUCAUUAAAAAUUUGAGAUAAUAUAUAAGAGACAGGGACUAGAAGCUAUGGGCGGAGUUUUGACGAAUAUUAAAGAAGGAAUUAAAAAAAUUUGGGGGGCUCGUCUUGUUUCGAGGUCCUGGAAGAUGUUCUGUAAGUCUAAGGGUAGAAAAGAAAUAGUUUUUGCCAAAGAUAUCCACAUUAGAUGGAAUACUUGCACAACGAGCUUGCACAACGAGCUUGCUAUGUACCAGGGUGUGCCAUGCGAUUACGACGACGACGACGUGGAUUUUGAUGUGCUCGGAUGGUGGAAGCGGAACGAACACAUGUUCCCAUGUCUCGGCAUGCUAGCAAGACAAGUGUUAUCCGUUCCGGUAUCAACCGUAGCAGUUGAACGAGAAUUCAGUGCUAGCGGCAACAUUCUAACCGACUUUCGAAGCUGUCUUAGCGCUGAAUCUAUUGAAACACUGCCCACAAAAAUGGCGGCGCACGGCGGCAAGAACACCUCCCCCACCACGACAAUGGCUGCCCUGUUUCUUCUCUUUUUACUCGCCUUCCUCUGUUUCUCCACCCGGACUCCCAUCUCCCCUGUUUUCCCCCAAAAUCACCAUAACAGCCAACGGGAAACCCAAUUACUCCCAGCAGCGCCGCCGCGGGAUCGGCUGGAAGAAGCUCUGGGCAGGGCGGCCACGGCGGGAACGAAGACGGUGAUCAUAACGAUUAUCAACAAGGCGUACGUGGAUCCGGUCUCCGGCGAGCCGCCGUCGAUGCUGGACCUCUUCCUCGAGGGGUUCUGGGAGGGAGAAGGGACGAGGGAGCUGGUGGACCACUUGCUGGUGGUCGCCAUGGACGACGCCGCCUACCAGCGCUGCCUUUUCCGGCGGCUGCAUUGCUACGGGCCGAUCACGACGGCGGAGGAAGGCGGCGUGGAUUUCUCCGGCGAGAAGGUUUUCAUGUCCAAGGACUUUAUCAAUAUGAUGUGGAGACGGACUCUGUUCCUGUUGGAUGUUCUCAAACAUGGUUACAACUUCAUCUUCUCGGACACAGACAUAAUUUGGUUAAGGAAUCCAUUCACAAAGCUGAGUAGCAACACAACAGAAGAUUUGCAAAUAAGCACAGACAUUUUCACAGGGGACCCUUGGUCAACUGCAAAUCCGAUUAACACGGGGUUUUACUACGUAAGAUCAAAUCCCAAAACCCUCAAGCUCUUCGAAACAUGGUAUGAGAUGAGGGAGAAAUACCCACCUCAAAUGAAAGAGCAAGACAUCUUGGCGAUCAUGAAAAGAGGUGGGAUUUUCAAGGAGAUGGGGCUGCUCGUUCGGUACUUGGACGUCACACACUUCAACGGCUUCUGCACGAAUAACAGGGAUGUGGCAGUAGUGGCAACUGUCCAUGCCAAUUGUUGCAGAGGCAUCACCGCCAAGGUUGCCGAUCUCAAAAGUGUUCUCCAAGAUUGGAAGUUUUAUAAGAAAUCUAGAGGGAACCCUGUAGAUUUCCGGUGGUCUGAACAUGUUUUUUCCGCCCCCACCACCCUUAGCGGCGGUCCGAUCCGUCUAGAUCUCCACAUGAGUCGCGGCAGCAGCCCCCCCACCCUUCUCUUUAAACCUAACCCUAUUUCAAUUCAUUCAUUAUGCCACCGCCCGCCGCCGUCGGAUCUCUUUCACAUCUCUCGUUGUACUUUUCUAGUUUUCGUUCUCGCCGAUGGCCUCGUCUUCGUCCCCAUCCUUCUCCGCCACUCCGCCGGAGAAUUCCACGGCCGUCGUCACCGUCGCCGCUUCCUCCUCCUCUCGCCGCCUCCCUCUGCCGUGUUGGUCCCACGAGGAGAGUGUAGCGCUCAUCGAUGCCUACCAGACAAAUGGUACUCCCUCCGCCGCGGUAAUCUCCGGGCCAACCACUGGCAGGAGGUCGCCGAUGAUGUCGCCGUUAGAUGCCCGGUCAAUUCGCCGAAGACCACCGUGCAGUGUCGUCACAAGAUGGAGAAGCUCAGGAAAAGGUAUCGCACCGAGAUCCAACGCGCGGCCCCUUACGGCGGCCUUCGCUCCCAACGCUAUUGCUCCUCCUGGGUUCUGUUCAAGCUUAUGGGUUCCAUGGAAUGAGGCCCUGAUGCCGAAUCUCCUCCUCCAGGGGACGAAGAACUCGAGGAUGAUGCUGAGGAUUUGAAGCAAAAUACUGUCAAACACCUUGCAGGCGAUAUGUACAGCCCGAACCAUCUGACUUCCAACAAGAGAACCAACUUUCAAGGUCCCAUGACUAAUGGAGGAACUGGUGUUUGGAUUCGAAUUCCCACACUACCCGUGAUUGGAAAAUUCGAUGAAAUAUCACCAGAAAACCCUAACCCUAACCCUACAUUUGGGUCUAGUAGCAGGAUGGUGUCUAAAGGGGAUCGUUUCGCAAAUAGGUCUGCAGAUUUUGGGAGGAAGAGGGAAGAACAGGUGGGAGAAAAUAGGAAGGGAGACCCAAUUGCUGAGAUGGUGACAACAAUUAAGUCACUUUGGGAUGGGUU